GAGCGAGGCAGCGAGCGAGCGAGGGAUAAGGAAGGACUCGGUGGAAAGAAAGAAAGAAAGACGGAGGGAGCUUGCGCUUUGCCCUUCCGAGUUCUUGUUGCUUGCUGCUGUGUUGCCGUUCACUGGCUGGCUGGCUGGCUGGGCCCGAGUUUGGCAGACAGCUUUGGCUGGUGGAGAUUUAGGUCCUAAAACCCUUCAACCAGAAGCAAGCAAGCAAGCAAGCGAGCAACAGUAAAGCAACCGAGACGAGACAUGUAAUUCGAAGCCUGGACGCUGCAGACUGGAGAAGAACCACGACCGCCACGCAGUCUUCAUCUGCUCCGAUGGAUCUCAGAUGAGUGCGAGCGUCGAAGGUAGAUGACGGGCAGCCUCGACGGCAGUCGGUGGGCAAGGGAGAAACUCUGCAAGUGCGCGAUUAGCGAUUUGAUAUUGAGAAGAGAAGAGCAAGAAGCUGGCGCUCGGGGGCAUUCCCGAAGAUUCUGCUGAGAACGGGGAUACUUGGGAUCGAGGUGGAGGAAGAGGUGGCCCUUCUGAGGGCAACCCGCAAGGCAUGGUUGGCACAAUGCCGGAUGUGCAACCUUUGGUCGAUGAGUUCAUCACGAAGCUCAACCGCAGGCAGGUAGAAGGAUCGUUGGACACAGCGAAACUCGCACUUGUACUCCUUCGCCAAGUAAUUUCGGCUCAGCGCAUUCCUCCAAAUUCUCCUGCAAACACGCUUAUCGAGGCCAUAAAAUCCGUCGGUGUGCGCAUGAUCGCGGCCAACCCAAUUGAAUUAGCUGUUGGCAAUAUUGUGAGGCGCGUCCUGCACAUCAUUCGCGAGGAGGAUGCAUCACUUGCUACAACGGUUGUCACGGGUGUGACUACCGCUGUCGAUAGUGAUGACGAAGAUAAUUUGGACAUUCGGGAGCAGGCGAGUUCACAUGCGGUGGCUGCUGCUAAUCGAAGUGUUUUAAGAGCACCUUCUCUUCAUAAUCUACUUGAGUCAAUGCCAAAUCCAAUCAGAGCUGAUGUAACAGUUGCUUCAACGGGCGACUCAGAUGCACGAAGCAGAUCGGGUGACAAGAACUCUCGAAGUUGGAAGCUCAAGCACAAUGUGAUAGAGAGCAUCAACGAAUUGUUGGUGGAGCUGCAAGACUAUCACUCGCAAGUUGCGGAGCAGGCGCUUGAACACAUACAUCAAAAUGAAGUCAUCCUGACACUUGGUCGAUCGCGGACGUUGCUGCACUUUCUGCUGGGAGCUAAGAAGAAAAGAUCCUUUCAAGUAGUUGUUGCUGAGGGCUCACCGAGAUUCCAGGGUCACAAACUUGCUAAAGAGUUGACUGCUGAGAAGCUCUCCACAACUUUAAUCACAGAUUCGGCCGUGUUUGCUAUGAUAUCUCGUGUUAACAUGGUAAUUGUAGGAGCACACGCUGUGAUGGCAAACGGAGGGGUCUUGGCACCUGUUGGUCUGCACAUGGUAGCUCUGGCAGCACGUCGACAUGCAGUUCCAUUUGUUGUUUUAACAGGACUGCACAAGCUGUGUCCUCUCUAUCCACACAAUCCCUACUCUCUUCUAAAUGACAUGAAGUCGCCUUCGGAGGUUUUAGACUUCGGUGAAUUUUCAGAUUGUCUGAAUGGAGCAACAGGCGGACCACAGUGUCAUGUUUUCAAUCCCACAUUUGACUACAUACCACCCGAGCUCGUGAGCCUCUUCAUCACUGAUACCGGUGGCCACAAUCCUUCCUAUGUCUACAGACUGGUGGCAGAGUUUUACAGCCCAGAAGACAUCGUGCUACAGUGAAGUAAUAACUAUGAGUCUGAAAACACCCUCUUGGCUUCCUCAGGAACAACUCAUUUUUCUUUCCGUCCCCGAUAAAAGAUUGGUGCAGAACUAACAACCACUAUUCUCUAGUCAAUAGCUGUCUCGUAAUUGCAAUCAUUGUGAGAAUAGCGAAAGUUCUACUUAGAAAGCAGUCCCGUUUCCCUUCGAGCUUCUUGUAGCGGUGCUUGAAUUAGUAAAGCUCUAGAUUGACAGCCUUCUUUAGUGAUGGGUUAGAUUCCCUUAUUUUAAGAGGCUUGAAGUAUACUUGGGUUUUUCUCUUCGAGUGGAAGCGAGCUAAGUUUGCUAACCACCGGAUAAGUGAACCAUUUGCCAAAUGUUCGGAGUAUUUAGAACAGUCUGGUUAUGGAUGAUGAAACGCGCACAAUAGAAAUAGUAGUUUCACUUCUCAUCAAAAUGGUUUCUAGUAUUGGUUUGCAUGUGGAAGAGGUACGUUUUGUUUUUUACGUUUGCGAGAAUCCCCUUUUUGACACCAGGACGAUCUGUUAGACACCAGCUGUAGUCUAGGGACGAAGCUCAGAUUUGUUCUUCUGAAAUGCAUUUAUCGCGCGAACCGCUAUCAAUGUACUUCUUAGUUUUCC